CUGCGCUCUGGAAGUUGUGCUGCUCGCGUUUGGAGUUACUUACCUUGCAUGCUGAGCGAUGAGCCCGCGGAAGAGCCUUUUUUGGCUGCUGACGUUGGCGCUCCUGGUGGUCGGAGGAGGUCGCGAAUCCCAGCUGCGGAUUGGCAAGGCCAUCAAUAUAUUCCUGCGCUAUGGAUACCUAAGCAUAUCGAUGCGGGUAAUACCUCUAAAUGAUAAUGUUGAAUCAGAACGAUGGGUCUUCAAGGAGCCCACCAGGAACAUUUACAGGAACCUGAGUGGCCUGGCGGAGAGCCAUGAGGACACCACACCGGGCAUCUUCCAUGGUGACUUCCAUAUGGAGUUCUGCGAGAACCGGCGGCAGUUGUUCCAGGCCUACUUCCGGGACUUCUCCAUCGAGCGGAUGGACAAGCCCUGGGAAGCAUUCACCGGUGGCUGGUUUCCAGACAAUGCGGCCAAGAAGCUGGGCAUCAACACUUCCUUCAUCCAGGGGGAUUACUCGUACGUCCUGGUGCGAGUAGUGCGGUUCCGGGAGACGGGUCGCCUGAAUGCCGAGAUCCCGGUGCACCAGCAACUGGAGCCGGAUGUUAGGUCGCGGAUGGAGCAGCUGGAGAUAGGAAACAUAACUUCUGCCGUGCGUUUCAUGGACGCGGUGGGCACUCACUAUGUGAACUCCUAUACCACGGGCAACUCCCUGUACCAGGUGUUCGUUUACAGCAGGAAGAACUACCGCAUGAUCAAGGAUCGGAUCAAGAGCAAGGGUCUGAACGGUCUGUCCAAGCUGGAUCUAUACAACUACUUUGCGCCCUGGUUUGCCGAGCAUCUUGGCCAGAUCCGGUCGGCCAGUGCCAACGCCACCGUGGAGCGUUGGGCGAAAAGGAAGCUGCAGUACGAGUACUAUGUGGUCAAGUAUGUCACUCUGCUGAAGCUUCAUGGGAACAGCACGUUGCUCCGCUCGCUGGAUGCGCUGCUGGGCAACGAUGCCAUCCUCCAGCUCGAUCUCAAGUCGCUGAAUCCCGUCUUCCGGGAGCAGCCCGAGAAGGAGAGCUGGUUCCACGAGGUCCUCGACAACAAUAUGAAGCUCUGGGAGCUCAAUAUGCCGCAGAGUCAUCCCAGCCGGUAGUCGACAGGAAAAUACUCAUAUCUACGAUGUUUUUCAACUCAAAAGGUACUUAUUUUCGUAUCCUUUAAAGAGUCGUAGUUUUACUGUGCGAUAUGUCUGGCCGCCAAGGAUCAAAAGUUCCUAGAUGAGUAGUUGUAGUUAGGUCCUCUAGUGCGUAGUUACUGUUCUGCCUGUGAUAGUUUUAGGUAGUUUAAUUGAAUCCAGAUCUAUAGUAACAACACAUCUGACUUGCAUUUUAGCCAACUAGCCCGUAAGAUCGCCUUAUUGCUGUACUAGUUUUCAUACGCUAAUUAUACUGAUCAAAGUCGAAAAUAUGUCGUUUAAUUU